GUAAUUGAGAACAACAACGACUUGUCAAACACUGCCGAUUAUUGUAAACUGGUUUCUAAGUAGAAAUUUCGCUUUUAAUUUCGACUAUCAAUAAACUAAGUACAUUAUAAAAAUGUCGGAAAAUGGCCUCGACGAUGCGUAAGAAAACUCAAGUAUCCUUCGUAAUCCGCGACGAAGAAGAACGUCGUCAUAAAAAUGGCGUUAGUUCGUUGCAAUUGGAUCCUGUACAAGGCAGGCUGUACUCCGCAGGCCGAGAUGGAAUUAUUAGAGUAUGGAACACGGCUACGGGAGUGCAGGAUAGAUAUAUUCAAAGCAUGGAACACCACACAGACUGGGUGAACGACAUAGUUUUGUGUUGCGGUGGCAAAAACCUUAUAAGUGCAUCUUCUGACACCACCGUCAAAGUAUGGAACGCGCCGAAAGGAUUUUGCAUGUCUACUUUACGUACUCACAAAGAUUACGUACGCACACUAGCUUACGCUAAGGAGAAAGAACAAGUAGCCAGCGCUGGCUUGGACCGCGCUAUAUUCCUUUGGGAUGUGAAUACAUUGACAGCUUUAACUGCAAGCAACAACACAGUAACAACCUCUAGUCUCGUCGGUAAUAAGGAAUCUAUAUACAGUCUAGCUAUGAAUCCACCUGGCACAGUCUUAGUAAGCGGAUCAACUGAGAAAGUGCUCCGAGUUUGGGAUCCAAGGAACUGUGCAAGGCUUAUGAAGCUAAAGGGACAUUCAGACAAUGUUAAGGCACUGGUUGUGAGCAGAGAUGGUCAGCAGUGUGUAUCGGGCAGCUCUGAUGGUACAAUAAAAUUAUGGUCAUUAGGACAACAAAGGUGCGUGUCUACAAUCAGAGUUCAUACAGAAGCAGUAUGGGCACUUCUGGCUACUGAAAAUUUCACACAUAUUAUCUCAGGAGGUCGAGACAAACUAGUCAUUAUAACAGAACUGCGGAAUCCUGAUAAUUCAAUUAUAGUUUGUGAAGAAACUGCACCCAUUCUAAAAUUGUGUUUCACCGCUGACCAGCAAGGUGUUUGGGUGUCUACGUCAGAAUCUGACAUUCGAUGCUGGAAGCUGCCGCCAUUAUCUAAUAUAAAUUCAGACAUGUAUAAUCAGAACAAUUAUAACCCUAACAAUGUAUAUCAGACUCAGCCUACCACUAGUAUACCUGGUGGACCAGCGAUAAGACACUAUAAAGUAUUAAAUGACAAACGCCACAUAUUAACAAAAGACACGGCUAACAAUGUGGCUCUGUAUGAUGUUUUAAAAGCUUGUAAGCUAGAAGAUUUGGGUGAAGUAGAUUUUGAAGAAGAAGUGAAAAAACGUUUCAAAAUGGUUUAUGUCCCAAACUGGUUUAAUGUUGAUUUGAAGACUGGUAUGUUAACUAUUCAUUUAGGACAGGAUGAGACAGAUUGCCUCAGUGCUUGGGUGAGUGCAAAGGAGGCUGGACUGACAACAGAAUUGGACCAGAAAGUAAAUUUUGGUGCGUUGCUAUUGCAAGCUUUGUUGGAGCACUGGAAUCAUCAGAGCAGGGUGUCUGACGCUGGACAGAAAGUGGUUGGGAACAAUUUUUUCAGUGUGCCGCUGCACACACCAUUAAUAUUUAGUGAAGUUGGUGGCAGAACACUUUACAGGCUGCAGGUUGGUGAUGCAGGUGGUGAGACGGAAGGCAACCUACUAAACGAGACUGUACCAGUGUGGGUGGUGGAUGUAGCCAUAGAGAUGGCUGCUCCGAAGCUAAACAAGCUGCCGUUCUACCUGCUGCCUCAUGCCAGCUGUCAGACCAAGCAGGACCGGCAGAAAAAGGACCGAUUGGUAGCUAACGACUUCAUCCAAUGCCGGAAAGUAGCGGAGCACGUGGUGGAAAAGAUCGUCGGCGGCGGCGACGGCGGCUCCCCGCGCGCCGCGCCCGAGCCCGCGCCGGAGCCCCAGGAUCGAGUAGAGUUGCUUUGCGCAGAUCAGGUACUGGAUCCGAAUAUGGACUUGCGUACAGUGAGACACUUCAUAUGGAAAUCUAACGUGGAAUUCACCCUGCACUACCGAGUUUUGAAGCAAUGAUUCAGCAACUUUGGUCACUAGUGAUAUAAAUUAUAUGUAAGCAACUGGUAAGCAACGACAUGAGCCGCGGUGUUGCAAAUAUUUGACCGUCAGUUGUUUUUUACUUAUCUUAAUGACGAUGACGCUCGAGACAUGGCAGCCACUUAUACGCAUAGGUGUUUGUUCAACUUUUAGCCAUAUUUUGCGAGAUGAAUAUACUAUGGCCUCCUAAGGCUCACGGUCCUUAUUAGUUCGAUGAAAUUUGAAUCAUUUUCAGGAGGAACAGAGUUGCAUUCGUUCGUAUUAUCAAUUUCAAUUUUCAAACAAAAGAUAAUCACUGUUUCUUGACACUAGAUUCAAAUUUCACUGACAAAUUUUGGAUUUUUUCCUUGUAUGGCUAAAACGUUUUUCAUACAUUUCGGCUAAUCAGAUGACGAUGAUUAUAUCAGAUUAUAUUGAAGAACAUACAUUUUUCUCGAUUUCGAGUUGAUCCUAUAGCAAUAAGUUACUCAGUAUGACCUAUAUAAAUUUACCUUGCAUUUGGCUAAGGGUUCAAAAACACCGGCAUGGCUGACGAAGUUACAAUUUUUAAUAUUCGUAAUGCAUAGAAAACUAAAGUUGAUUGUGCCAGCAGUGUUAAUCGUGUUGUGGCUAAUGUCGUGAUAUUACGACCGUUUGUCAUAUCAUGAAGGGCUAACAGAGAAAGCCCUAUGCUGUUCCUACUCAUUUCUAGAGCGCUACCCCUACUUGACUGAUCUUGACACUUAAUGAUGAAUGUUAACACGUUCACAGUCCCAAUCUGAAUUGUUAACCUUACGGCUUUGUAAUAGAGGCUUGCCGUGACCCAUAUACGGGGCACGGACAGUGAAUGUGUUAAGUUGACGAUUUCUAUCAACUAAAUUGAAUGAUUUAAUUUACAUUUUUGUAUUUAUAUUGUGAUUUGUCACAUUGAUUUUAUUUUUGACAUACAUCACUGACUACCAAUUCCAAUGGUAUACAUAUUACAAAAAACCGGACAAGUACGAGUCGGGCUCGUCCACCGUUAUUUUUUACAUAGUUUUCAGAUUUUUCCCUGUACUUAUAGUGUAAGUGUAAGACGAUAUUACUUGCCAAAUUUCAUAGUUCUAGGUCAACGGGAAGUACCCUAUAAAUUUUGAUUCCCUUGAGUGUUGAAAUACAAGUUAUUUGGGGCAUAAACGGCCGAAUAAUUUUUUUACGUUAACUUUUAGAUUUUUAUGUACACAGCUUCAAGGGACUGUAGUAGACCUGAGUAUAUGGUUUAAAUAUCAGGAACGAGCUAUAAAAAAAUGCAAUUAUUUAUGUUAAGUCUUAUGAGUAUAGCUGAAAUAUUGUGUUUUUCGGAACCAAUACAAGUGUACCGACAAUAUUAAAAGGGAUUUCGAAAUUUGUCAUCAGGCCAAUUAACCAUACAUUGCUGGUCCAAAAAUUUAACAUUGACGAUUAUAUAUGACGUUACUUACGAACCCGAAAAUGUACAGGAAAUUUCAAUGUCAGGCUACAAUUGUAAGCGUUUGGUUUGCACAUUACAUUGUAAGCAACGACUACAACGUAUAAAGUAUAAAAGCGACCAAUCAAAGACAAACAAACGUGAAAGCAUUAACGAUAAUGCUAAUGAUAAAGGCGACUGGUUUAUAGUAUAAAAAAAAAACUUGUAAACUUUAUAAUUCAUGUGUAGCCGGAUGGCUAUAAGUACUGAAAAGGAUUCCAAAAUAGCGUUUAGUAGCGAAAUCGUUGAGGUCCUCUGGGGGCCUAGGAAAAUCGUUUUGAAAUUUGAAAAGUCCCAUAUCCUUGGCACGGGACAAGCUUAGAGCAUUUAAGAACCGGAGUCGCCUGUAAGACUUAGGUACCCCUCUGCCGAAAACCUUGCACAAUUGUGCAUACUUUUGUAUGGACUGACGUUUAUCUGACAUGGCUAUUUGUAUACGUUACGUACAAAUAGCCAUACAUUUGAUGUGCCACUCCCCCACAAAAAUCGGCAGACUGUUUUGUACAGACAAGGCGUCUCCAAGACAUACGAAAGAGUAAAUCUUGGUGAUUACAUCGAGGCACAUUAAGAUUUAUAUACCUAUCAAUCGAUCGCACCAAUACAACAGUGCUAGAAAACAAUUAAUAUCUUAAUAAAUGCCGGUAGCGUUUCCGGCUUUGAUCACAGCCUGUAUGAAAAAAUAUAUCUAUAAAAAUCUGUUUAUGUCAUAUGUAAUGUAAUACAUAUCUAUGUACCUAUGUCGUGUAUCUGGUAUCUGAAUUAUCAUUUUUAUUCCUAUCACUAUACGGUUUAGUUUCUAAACUAACCUCGUUUGUAAAAAAAUAUUAUUUAGAAGCUUUGUGAACAUUGAUCAAUAUAUGUAAAUAUAUUAUGCUGGUUCUUGGCCUUGGCCACCCUUGGCUAAAAGACUCUGUCUGCGAAAGACUUGAUGUAAAUCUGUUCUAUGUAUUUUAAUGUCUGACUCGCUUGAAUGGUUCAAUGUAUAGCAUGAAUAUAGAUUAUGAAUAAAUAUUGUUGAAGUAAA